AACAUAAAUCUAAGAAUUUGGCUCGAAAGCUCUAGACGGUUUCCUGUGUAUGUUUGCCUUUCUUAUUUUGAUUGGUAAACGGCGUAUUAAUGUCUGGGGAUUUUUACUUUUUCCUCCUGAGCAGCUACCAAAAGUCGACAUGAGGCGGAUGUGGAGGGCAGUAGGAGGAAAGCUUGAUGUUUGCAGAGGCAUUGGUCGAAACAAUGUACUAGGAAAAAUCGAUAUAUUCAAAUGCACUGUUCGAAAUGUUUCAAAUGCAGUGGAGAGCAGCGAACACCAGAAUAAAAUCGUGAAGUUGAACCCCGGCAUGUUGUUGUUAAAGAAUUGGAUGGAGAAGGAAGAGCAAGUUGAUAUCGUGGAGACAUGUUUUAGGCUGGGUGAUGGGGAAGGGGGAUUCUACAGGUGGAAAAGGAAUUUGUGGAUGAUGUGCCUUGGAAAGAGCUGGAACCCCGAUUCGCACUGCUACGAAAAAAUCCGCUCUUCGUAUGACUAUGCAACACCACCACCUAUUCCUCCCAAUUUUGUUUCCUUGGUCGACAAGGCUAUUCGGGCUGCCCACAGUGUAGAGGAUGAGAAGGUUCUGCCAAGCAUGCGUCCUGAUGUCUGUAUUGUUAAUUUCUAUGAAGAAUGUGGGAGGUUAGGGUUACACGAGGACAGGGAUGAAAGCCCCCAAAGCUUGAAGAGAGGGCUACCGGUGGUAUCAUUCUCUGUUGGUGAUUCGGCAGAGUUUGUGUAUCAUGCUAUAAGUAGAUAUAGAGAUGAGAACGCCCAGAGAAUCAUGUUGAAUUCUGGAGAUGUUUUGAUCUUUGGGGGCCCAUCUCGACGUAUUUUGCAUGGUAUAUCUCGUCUCGAUCUUCAAACUGCUCCCAACUGGCUUUUUCGACGCACUGGACUUGCAGCAGGACGACUUAACCUCACUUUCAGGCAGAUUUGAGACUUCACUCAAUUUGAAUUUGAAUUUAGCAUUGAUAGGAAUAAGAAUUCAAUCGUCUCCAGUGUAUUUUGAGUAUUCCAAUUUUCAACCCUAGGAUUUUUAACUCUUAGGAUAAGAGCUGGGAGCAGCUGUGAUCCCUCCUUUUUAUUUUUGUUGUAAAAAUAUAUUUCUUACCAGAAAAUGCAACCUGAGGCUCCUUUUUUUUUUUCCCAAAUUUUGAGUAUUGGAACCCUAGCUUAAGUAUUCCAAUUUCAACCCUAGGGUUUUUAAGUUUAGGAUAAUAGCUGGGAGCAGCUGUGGUCUCUCUUUAUUUUUCUUGUUUACCAGAAACUGCAACCUGAGGCUCCUCUUUCUUUUCA